UCUUCAUGCGCCGGAUAUGUUCGCCUCCAUCGAUCAGAAGCCCCGAAUGCUGAUGUGUUACAAGGAGCGCUCGCCGCAGGGAGUCUCGUGAGUUUCCUCCCGCGGGUCAGUAACAAUAAAACAAGGCAGAGACGCGGCGUCGGGUCGCGGGUCGAUGUCAGAGGAAGACACAGCGGAAGAGAUCGAAUGGCGCCCAAAGGGAAGGUCGGCACAAAGGGAAAGAAGCAGAUCUAUGAGGAGAACGAGGCGACUCUAAAGUUCUACGUCAGAGUCAUCCUAGGAGCCAACGCAAUAUAUGCUGCCAUAAAUCUUUUGGUUUUCUACAGUUCGUCUUCGUUUUCGACAUGGCUCCUGCUGGUGUUCGCGCUAGCGGUGUAUGUCGGGAGUUACCGCUCCAUGUCGGCCAUGGCCAAGCCGGCAUUUGCCGAUGACGGAGGUCUGCUGGACGGAGGGAUAGACCUGAACAUGGAGCAAGGAAUGGCUGAGCACCUUAAGGACGUCAUCCUGCUCACAGCCAUAGUACAAGUGCUCAGCACCAUCUCCUCCUAUUUCUGGUAUCUCUGGCUGCUGGCCCCGGCCCGAGCCCUCCACAUGCUGUGGGUCAACUUCCUGGGCCCCUGGUUCAUGGCAGACACUCCGUCGGCACCGGAGGAAGUGAAUGAGAAGAAGCAGAGAAGACAAGAGCGCAGACAGACGAAGAAAUUCUGAUGCUGCGGGUCAAACGGAGGCAGUAUUUUUAUACACAGAAUCUAAUAUACAGAUAGCAAGGAACUCGUAAGUUAUUCAGGAAGACAUUUGUUAUUAAGUUAAACUCAGUCCAAAUCUCAUACUGUGGAAUCUUCCCAUUGCAUGUUUGUCUGUUUGUACUGCUUUCUUCUGACAUCAAAUGUUUGUCCCUCCUCAGCUAUUAAAUAAUGUGUUCCCUGCUUAGAUAAUGUCACAAUCCAAAUCCUGUAUUCUCAUGCAGGGAUUUGAGUUUGUUGCUUUUGCACAAUCCCGCCGCCCCCAGCAGAUUUCCCUUAAGCCCCCGAUACUGUCACUACAACGAACGAGGCCGCAUGGCCAGCCGAACAUACUCUGUCAUUGCCCAAAUCUCAAAGCCGAUUGUGUUUUUCAAAUUGAUGGAAUUCAAGUUUUAAUAGAUUUUUUUUUUUUUUGCAAUAAAAGAAAAUACGUCCAGUGUGGAGUUGAUCAUCACAUCGAUUUCAAGCAUUAAUUUAUUGCUAACGAUCAGUCAUGUCUUAAAGUACUGACCCGUAUAGUUUACACGCUCACCACAAAGCUAAAAUGUGCCUUUUCGUGCCUCAACGAAGUCGAUAGUCGAAGAGAAAAUUGUUAUCUAAGAUACUGGUGCACCUGAAAUGUUAUGUAACAAGUAAAGGGGCUAAAGUAAAGGUCUUAAUGUUUGUCAAGUGUACCUUAAAGACCGUGACAGUAUGAUGUCAUCAAUGUUUUCGUAGGAACUUCAGUAAUUCCAUUUUGUGUGUAAAAAAAAAAAAAAAAAAAAAAAAGACGUAUAAAAACAAAUAUAAUAAAUUCACUCAUCCAAAUAGAAAUGGCUACAUUUUUCAACAGGGAUACGAGUUUCUUUUUUGCCAUUCAUUCUGGGGAAUAAAGAAUGUUCCUUGACAAUCUUCAA